AUGCCUACGCACAUAUUGUCGAAGAAUUGUGACCUUCGUUCUCAUCACUUCCAUCUUCUCCAUCUUUCUUUCUUUCUUUCUUUCUGUCUUUCUUUCUUUCUUCUUCUUCUUCUUCUUCUUCUUCUUCUUCUUCUUACUAUUAUUAUUAUUAAUUUAUUUAGAGCAUUAUUCUCUUCUAUCUUCUUCCUCUUUCUUUCUUUCUUUCUUACUUACUUCUUCUUCUUAAUAUUUCUUCUCCCUCAUUUUCUCUUUCUUUCUUUCUUCCUUUCUUCUUCUUCAUCUUCAUCUUCUUCAUCUUCAUCUUCUUCUUCUUCUUCUUCUUCUUAUUAUUAUUAUUAUUAUUAUUAUUAUUAUUAUUAUUAUUAUAAUGUACGCUUUUUUGACUCGAUUGUCCCCUUAACUUUAACUAAAAUACAUUCUCUUUUUGUUACCUUUUCUCUGAUUUUUCCUUCAUUCAUAUUUUCCGUUGCUUUUUCUUUCUUUGCUCGUCUUCGUUUUUUUUUCUGUCAUAUUUCUGUCAUGUUUUCAAUUUUCUUUUUAAUCUUCUUUCCUUUAAUCUUCAUUCUACACUUUUUCCUUUGUCUUUCAUCAUUUCAUUCAAUUAUUUUUAGUCUCUCUUUCCUUUUUUUGCAUAUCGUUUGUUUGUUUUCUCCUUCGUCUAUUUCAUUCAUCCAUUGUUGUUUUUUUUUCUUUCAUUUUUAUCCAGUUUUUUUAAUAACUACGUUUUCUUCUAUUUUUCCUCUAAAUUUCAGCUUUUCUUUCUUUUUCUACACAUUUUUCAUACGUUCAUUUUUUUUCUUUCCUAUUCUUUCUUUAUUUUCUUUUUUUCUUUCUUAUUCUUUUCUUUCAUUUUUUUUCGCGAUCUCCUUUCGUAUUUGUCGCUUUUACUUCUAUUUAUUUUUUUCCUUCUUUAUCCAUUUCUUGUUCUUUCUUUUCUUAUUUCCCCGAUCUUUCAUAUACGUUGCCUUUACUUCUUCUAUUUAUCUUUCUUUCUUUUCUUUCUAUAUCCCUUUCUUAUUCUCUUUUUUUCUUUUAUUUCACGACCUCCUUUCAUAUUUGCCACUUCUAUUUAUUCUUCUUUCUAUAUCCUUUUCUUGUUCUUUUCUUUCUUUUUUUUUAAGAACACCUUUCAUAUUUUUCGCUUUUAAUCCUAUUUCUUUUUUUUCCUUUCUUUUCUUUCUAUAUCACUUUUUUCUCCCCCCCACCCCAUUUUAUCUAUUCUUAUUUUUCUUUUUUUCUUUUCUUUUCUUUUCCUCACCUCUUUCUCGGUUGAUUAUUUCAACUUCUAAAAUGUUACUCUUUCAUUUUCUUUCCUUUUCCUCUAUCGAUUCUCUUUAUAUGACGUCUAUUAUUCCGUCCUUUUUUUUCUUUCUUGUCGCUUUCUUUCUUCGUUUUAUGAAUCACUUUUUCUUCAUUUACAUAUUUUUAUUCCUUCCAUCUUUGAUUUCCUUCAGCUUUUCUACAUCAUUUGCCGUUUCUUUUAUAUUUUUUUUUCCUUUCUUUCCUUACUUGGUUCCCCACAUUGCUUUCUUUCCUUUCUUUUAUACACAUUUUCAAAGAAGCCAUGCAUUGCCUUUUGAUAUUAGCCUGCUCAAAAUUUCUCGGGAAUUGAUUCCUUUUUCCUCCUUUUUAUUCGUUCUUCCAUUCUUCUUCUUAUUCUCUCUCUCUCUCUCUCUCUCUCUCUCUCUCUCUCACUCUCCAGCUGUUGAAGAACACAUUUUCUGCUUGUCUCUGUUUUUCUCGCUUUCCAUUGAUCAGUCGAUUUAUUUUAAAAUCAAAUCCAUUACAAGCUCCAAGCAUCUUUCCUUCUUGCUUCUCUCCCCCACCCAUCUCUUUCACUCCCUCUCUCUCUCUUUCACUCUCUCUCUCUUUCUCUCUCUCUCUCUCUCUUUCUCUUUCUCUGUUUCUUACUCAAUCUCUUCUUUUUCUCGUGUGCAUUUUCUAUUAACGGAAACCCACGUUUACAUCACAUUAAAUCUCGCCUCGUCUUUUCUUUAUGGCUUCUUUCCAUUUUCACUUUCUAUUUCCCUUUUAUCCACUUUUUCGCUUAUAUCAAACUUUCUGCAUAAUAUAUUUUCUCCUUCCUCUUCCUCAUUUUUUUCCUUUUAUCCCUUUUUGAUUUUGUUUUACUUUUGCUUUUGCGUAUCUAUCUACUCCGUUUUGAAUAUCAUUCCAUCACCUUUUCUGCCGACAAUAUUUCUAUCUUCCCCUUCAUCUUUCGUUCUUUCUUUCUUUUUUUUCUUUCUUUCUUUUUUCCUUCUUUCUAUCGUUCUUUCUAUCUAUCUUUCUUUCUUUCUUUUUUUCCUUCUUUCUAUCGUUCUUUAUAUCUAUCUUUCUUUCUUUUCUUUUUCGUUUUUCUUUUCUUGA